GUCUUCUUUUUUCUGUAAGUUGGAAUAUGGAGCAACAUUUGGUCCAAUACAUCUAUGCGUCCGAUCACACUGAGGCUCCUCUGUCUCCCCCGCGCCUCUCGCGUUAUUAAAUCCAACCGGAGGUGGCUGAUGGUCGGUCGGACGGACGUGCGUCUGGACUGUGCUGGGAUGUGACCGUGUGAGAAUUUGCUUUUUUAUUGCCAGCUGUUAUUUAAGCCAAGAGUCGGUCCCGGGGCGACGGUCACCGUAGCCUGUUGUGAUUAAGGGCAGCGCGGGCAAGGUGUCACAGUUCAGACCAUCAUGCCCUUUGCUCUGGCAACAGGACAGCAAGUGUGUGUUUAAGCGCCCCUGGUUGGCUCUGCUGGGAUGAACAUGCCACUGCACCAAAUCUCUGUCAUCCCCCGUGAUGUCACUUCAUCGCGGGUGUCAGGCAGUGGGAAAGCUAAGGACAAGGACAAGGACAAGCAGAAUGAAAAGCCUCUGGGUCAUUCUGCAAGCAGGUCCAGCAAUAUAUCAAAGGCAGGGAGCCCGACUUCAGUCAACGCUCCAUGCAGUUUCUCCAGGACGUCGGUUUCCCCCUCCAGCCAGGACAUCUGCAGUCAGGAUCAGGACUGUCAGAAGCAGACUGCAGUGGUUCUACUGAAUUCAAAAGGUAAAACCUGUCAAGGUUCAGGAGGUAUUUCAGUGACCACCCUCUGCACAGACACCCUACCAGCCUCCAAACACGGCAAACAACGGGACUGGCUCUCCCUGCUUCGCCCCUCUGCCGUCAACAUCCGCCCCAACAGCUCGCUCAGGUUUUCUGUGUCUCUGAACGACGUGGGCCAACGCGUAGACAGUCUUUGUCGCGGCCUGCACUUUAUAGACCGCACCUGCUCGGAGGGAGAGCUGGACCUGAAGCCCAAGCCCGCUCAGCCACCCGGCUCAGAUCAAAGGGUGCACACACUCAACAACAAGCUGGCUGCAGCACCAACACACCAGAACCAAAAUCCGACCUGCUCAACAAGCACCAACCCCCACCUCGUCCCCUCUUUCACCAACAACUACAAAUACAUGUUGGGCAUCCCUCCCGCAAAUUGUCUCCCAUCUGACCCUGCCAUCCGCACCCCUCCUCCUCUUUCCAACACCCAUCUCCACCAUCAUGACUCUUCGAGCGCCAACUUUCUCCGUCUCCUCCUCCCCUUCUCUCGAUCCUCUACCUCGGCCAGCCUGCAGUGCUCUGAGCUGGGCAGCUACGCCUCUCAUCUCCACAUCACCAAGUCCUCUAGUGUCCUUCUGGAAGGCAGUGAGUUGAGCUACCCCGUUGAGGAUCUACUAGGAGAUGACGACGUGUUUGAGGAGGACCAGCCCAGUCUAGUUUCAAGGGGAAAGGUUCAGCUGGCCACCCCAGAAACAGUCACCAUGGCUGGGACAGGUGCCCAUUCUGCCCCCCUGUGCUUCAUGGAUGAGGACAGCGACUUGGACUGCUGCCUGUCCCCUUUGUCAGAAAAAACUGGACCACUGUCACCCUAUUCGCUAUCUGAAGACUGGUGCAGGAUUUGUCACUGUGAAGGGGAUGAAGAGAGUCCUCUGAUCACACCAUGCCACUGCACAGGGAGCCUGCGCUUCGUCCACCAGUCCUGUCUACAGCAGUGGAUCAAGAGCUCCGACACUCGCUGCUGUGAGCUCUGUAAAUAUGAGUUCAUAAUGGAGACCAAGCUCAAACCGCUGCGCAAGUGGGAGAAGCUACAGAUGACGGCGAGCGAGAGAAGGAAGAUCAUGUGUUCGGUCACCUUCCAUGUCAUCGCCAUCACUUGCGUGGUAUGGUCGCUCUACGUCCUCAUCGACAGAACAGCUGAGGAAAUCAAACAAGCCGGAAGAAUCCCAGGGAUCCUGGAAUGGCCUUUCUGGACCAAGUUGGUGGUGGUGGCUAUCGGCUUUACGGGUGGACUAGUGUUCAUGUACGUCCAGUGCAAAGUCUACAUCCAUCUAUGGAGGAGACUCAAGGCUUACAACCGUGUCAUAUACGUCCAGAACCGGCCAGACACGUGUAAAAAACUGGCGCUGGAGAAGCCGCCUAUCAUGGAGCCGAAUCUGGAGAGCAAGGAAGCUCUGGCGCCCAACCAGUCGGACACAAACUCCUCCCAGUACACAGAGACAGAGGACUACAGUAUGGAGGUGCUCCAUGUGUGACCCAGUCUCAGUCCAUGCUAUUGGUUGUCCUACUUAUCCUACACA